AGGUUCACAUUGUCUUCAUUUAUUUCUCCCAGUCUCAUGCACCAUCGGAAAGCCAUCUCCGCAUUGGAGGGUACGAAGGUGCUCAGCCAGAAAUAUGAAGAGACGGGAGAAGUCAUCUACGGUCAAGGCUUUACUUGCGUCGUUACUCUUGCUCGAGAUAAGUGCACGAAUAAGGAAGUAGCUGUGAAGGCCAUAUUGAAGGCUAAACUGUACAGUGAAGCGGAGUUGGAAAGAGCGAGAGCCGAAGUGUCAUGGCAUUCACAGUUGUCACAUCCACACAUACUACCAGUACUGGAUACAGAGGAGACCGAGAAGAGCUUAGUGUUGAUAACACCUUAUGCACCAAUGGGAGAUCUCUAUCACCUAACUAAGUGUGCUGUAUUACCAGAGAGAGCUGUGAGAAACUGUGUCAGUCAGUUGGUCAGUGCUAUCGACUAUCUGCACAGGAAGAAUCUUGUACAUGGGGAUAUCAAACCGCACAACGUCCUCGUCCUCGAGCGUAAAGAGCGGCUGAUUGUCCAGCUGUGUGAUUUCGGCUUCACCGAAGCUGUGAAAGAAGAUACGAAACAGAUCACCUUUACAACAUUAAGAGGCACGUCGGGUUACUUCGCGCCAGAGCAAUUGGCGAGGAAAAAUUACGAUGGUGCGGUGGACAUGUUUGCUUUGGGAAUUAUGGCUUUUACUAUGUUAUGUGGAUAUGAGCCUUUCUAUCCUCUGAAUGCCUUUCAUGAGCCGAUCGAGUUCCUGGAUGAGUGUUGGAAUGGGGUCAGCGAUUUUGCUAAGGAUUUCCUAACGAGAUGCUUACUGCUGGACCCGACUCAAAGGCUCUCAGCUGAAGAGGCCAGCAAACAUCCGUGGUUGGAUUUGGGCGCCCCCCUGCCCGAUGGAGUUUGUGUGGAUCUUGAUUUGGAUUUCUGGCAUCCGGCGGAAGCUGCUACGGAGGGUGUCGAUGUGAACUUCUUGGAUUGGCAACUUACUCCGAGUCCUCGUGCAAAGGCACGGUACCCCAACGGUCCGGCAUUGACUUCGUUGUUAUACUCAUGCGGCGAUCGGGCAGCAGGACCACGACUUGAUAAUGAUCCUUUAUUGUCGCUAAAACAUGGCGGAGCGAAACGGAGUCUUUUAGCUGCUGAUUAGUGCUUGCGAAUGUUGGAGGGAAAGAAGAGUGUAAAAUAUAGAAUGUAUUUUAGCGAUGGUUUUUUCACUGAUAUUAUAUGAGUAUUAAUACGAAAUGCUGCAUCGCUCCGCUAGUUUUUUUUGUUCUGAUUUUUGGUGGAGAUUCUGGGAUAAGAUGAUUAUUCAAUUUCAUAGUACACUGUAAUAUGCGUAGAUGAUUUCAUAGGGGCUUUGCCUGUUAUGGGCCGCGAUACCUCACUACAAAGUAUAUAGGUGAUUUCAAAUAGCGCUCGCCCAGAUGAUCGAUAUGAUAUUAUCGGAAUAAUUUGUGGAUUAUUUCGGUUCAAUUAUAUCCUGUAUCGGAGUAUCAGAUUUGCGAUG